GCAUCAACAAUAUUAAUUGAAUACUCUGUGAAAACUUACGACUGAUGAAAACAGUGUUUUACAAAUUCUAAGAGGCCUAGGCUGUACAAAAAAAUCAACAUGUCUGACAAUCUCACUGACAGAACGUAUUUUCUGCAAACAAUUUCGAUGUACAAAGAACUUGUGAGAGAUGUCAUUCUAAAGACCUUUCAGUUCGUGAUACAUUGCCAAGACAUUUCAAAAUUUUUAUGUUCACCUGAAACUAGAAUAAAACUUCAGGAGUUAAUAAGAAAUAAAGUUUUUAACAAACCUGAUUCUAACAAACUGCAGGAACUUAAUCCGAAUCCAGACAAGUUUGAUAUUGCUUUAUUGAUUAAACUUAUUAAAUACCUUGGUGAAAUUGAUGUUCCAGAACGCGGAUGGAGAAAAGACCCCAAUCCCAAAGACGAAUCGAUAGGAGCUGACCUUAUUAGGUUAAACGAUAUUAGAAAUAAGUUGCUAGCGCAUGAUCCAAAUAAGGCUAUGUUAGCUAAAGAUGAAUGCGAAAGAGUAUUUGCGAAAGUACAAGCAAUUUUAAAUAGAAUUCUUGCAAAGGUUGACCCAGAGUCAAAGGAAAUUUUGUAUGAGAGACUUUUAGAGUACAAACAACUAAACGUGGUUACCAAAAAGUCUGAAAUACAACAAUACAUUGAAGAACUCUCUGCUGUUUACGAAGCAAAUGAAAAAUGUAAGAAAGAGGUUGUGGAAUUGGAGAAAACUGCCAAAGAACUGAAGCUGUACUUCGAGAAAAAUCCUGAGUUGUAUGUUAGAUACGUUAAACUGCUUUUCGAAGGGGGGCGUGUUGUUUUACAUGGAUUUCUCGAAAAAGAGGUUGCCAAGGUUGAAAAGGAUUUGAAAACUCUUUUGUUUGAGAAAAGAUCUACUUUGAUGGCACAUGUCGAUAGCAUAUUUCACGAAAGCAUGUUUGGAGGAGACUUCAACUGCGAAUUAGACCCUUCCAGUUGGGACAUAGAUCUUCUUGCAUCCGUUAUUCUUAUUCUUUCUCCAAACCUAUGUGACGACGAUGCCGGUAACAUAAGGUUAAUAAAGAGUGCACGACUACAAUACUUAGAGCAUGCAUUGAUUUCUAUAGACAGUAAUCACUUCAUACCAUAUUGGACUGACUUGGUCAGUAGUUUGACAAGCUUAUCAGUGUCGCUUGAAAGAGGAAAGAAAGCUCAAGUCAAAGUUCUUAUUGAUCGAUAUAAAAAGAAAUCCGAUGAAGAUGAAGAUGCUGAUCGGUAUUUAAGAGAAUUGAAUAGUAAUCGGAUUACCACCAAAACUCUGAAGGACUUUUAUAAAGAGACCAUUGCACGAUUAGUAAAGUAUUUGGGAGAAUUAGAAGAGACUGGACUCAAAGUCAAAAAAGAAUAUUUAAAUAUUGACCUCAAACUAACGGUUGACUGCAAAAACAAAAGGUCAAGAGAAGCGGCAGAAGAUGUUUUAGAGGAGCAUUUCAAAGCCUCCCUGUCGAAAUCUGGAAACCCGGUGAAUUGCAUCCGGAAGGAAACCGACAGCUUAUUCAAUAAAAUAACUGAAAAUCCAACUGUUACAGUCAUCGGUGUGAAAAGAGGCUGUAUCAUUCUUUCAUUAAGAACCUCAACUAUUCAUGGACUUUUGUAUGUCAUACAACUGUUUGAAGGUCAACAAUUUCGAUCUAUUCUGGAUAGUUUAUCAGCCGAGUUGUAUUAUCUUUAUGGAGAAGCGUUUUUAUUGCAAGGGCAUAUUCCUUUAGAAUGUCUUAACAGAAUUCUUCAACAGUUCAAGUGUAAGUGAUAAAUAAACACACAUGAUACACAUACUUUUCAGUACGUAAUAAGUUUUCGUUAC